CAAAGAAGCAAUAUCCUCAUCGCAAUUAUCAGUCUUUCCCAACCAAUUGAUCCCCACAACUCUAUCUCUCUGCGCAGCCAAUUCUGUCAAACUCUCCGGAGUACAACUUCGCAUAGUAAUCAUGGCCGCUCUUCUCUCCUACCUUCCCCCCUUCGAGGGUCUGCUGCCCAAAUGGCUCUUCUUGGUCUCCGUCGUCUCCGCCGCAAACAGCAUCCAAGCCUACCGUUCGGUGUCCUAUGCCGCAGAUCUCUACAACGGAAAAACUGCUGACGGUCGCCCGCACACCAACCCCCUCUCUUCUCGGACUUUCGGCACAUGGACUUUCCUUUCCUCCGUAGUCCGCAUUUACGCCGCCUACAACCUCAACAACCCGGCUGUCUAUGAUCUCGCGCUCUGGACUUUUGGCAUUGCCCUGGCACACUUUGUCGGCGAGUGGUUGGGCUUCGGUAGUGCGCAGCUUAAGGGUCGUUUCGUUAGCCCUUUGAUUGUUGCUUCGUCCUCGCUGGCUUGGAUGUUGACGCAGAGGGAGGCGUAUCUGGCUGCUUAGGUUGGGCUGGAUCUUAAUUGUAAUUUGCCGGGUUUGCGGCUGGUUGCUUUUUCGAUGCAUGCUCUAUUUCUUAGCGGAGGGACAAGCUAUGGAUCGGCUAGUUUAUGAUCAUAUCAAUAAUGUAAUGAAAAGGCAAAG